AUGAGCCUGGAUGAAAUGGAUAUCCCAGAAUUUUCAAUGCUUGCCAUUGACGAAAUAUGGGGUCAGUGGAACCAGAGCAACGAGAUGUUGUCGGACAGGAACCUUCCCUCAAGUCGCAGACAACCCCAACACGGCCCCGCGACGAUGGCGGAUGUAACGGGGGUCUAUGACGCGGAGUUCAAGUACUUUUACGAGGUGCCCUCGCAUUUGGUUGUGCACGUGCCUUCCGCAAGACUUAAUAUCACCCGGCUAGUCUUUUGCCGCAACUAUCGGCCUUUUGAAGCGGACUCGUGUAAAAUGGGCAACAACUGCAAGUUUGUGCACGCCGACGUGGAUGUCGGGACACUAGAGGCGUUCCCAAUUCACGUCAACUACAUUUGGCAAGAUGAGAAGCUGUGCACGUACACACGUUUGCCGCCAGGUGAACGCUUGGAAGUCCUCUCCAGUGACAUGUGCACGGUGGAGACUUUCCCCAGUGAACGUAUUCUCUUGACACGUGGGGCUCUUGCGCAUCAAGAGAAUGCAGAACCGUUGAUCCGUUGCAAGUAUUAUGAUGCGAAGCAGACGUGCUAUGCCGCGGAGAGCUGCAAUUUUGUCCACGUCAUUUACGUUGAUCCAAAUUGUCAGGGGUCAUUUAAGCGGGCGCCAAAGGCCGCCACAGAGACCCGAGGAACGGCAGCGAAUUCCCUACUGAACACGACUCACCAGAAGGCUAACACGAACCAAAAUACUAACAGAGAGAACAGCUACAACAAUACCAGCAACGUCAGCGGUCACGCGGCGGACAGUCAUGGUGGUGUGCCGAUGAAACAUUUAAACUGGACGCCCCAUGUAGCAGCUGCUCCACACUUUGUCCCAACUGGGCUAGGUCCGAUCCCUUUUUUGCACAGCCAUCACAAUGGCGCAGCUUUUGCCCCGGCGUCACCCAUGCCAUGCCAAGAGAACGGUUUACCGACAGGUGUGGUGGGUGUGACUGGCAUCAUGGCUCCUCUGGCUACUAACGCUCAUCAGCCGUCUCAGGCCUCAGCACUCCAUUGCGAGCAAACAGAAGGCAAUCUACAAGGGAUUUUGCAAAUGUUGCAGGCUCAAGGCUACUCCAGCAAUUACGGUUUAAUUCCGUCUAAUGCGCAGCCAUUGAAUGGAACAACAGGACCGCAACAGCCGUCUGAGGGGAAUAUCAAUGCCACCAACAACGCGACAUUGACUCAGGAGCAACUUACUGGUGUACUUUCUCCCGUACUUUCGCUUCUCGCUCAGCGAAUGUCUUCAACACAUACUUUUUCAAUCGCCCCGUCGCCGCUGCUUGAGGAACCUUAUGCGAUGGGAACGUUACUAUUUUUACCGCGUGGUGCGAGCGAAGCUGCACCAAUUCUACCUGUUUACGACAGUUCCUUUUUGGGUGUCAUCAAAACUUUGGGCUCUCAGCAGCAACGCGCUGUACAGGCGGUGAUGCAGACGAAUGCGCCUCCAGUGCCUCAGCCAAAUUCUGCAACCGGGGGCGGAGCGCCUCAAAAAGUUUCGUACACCUUUGUUCCUGCUGGAAUCGGUAGCACAGUUUCUACUGUUCCUCUAAGCUCAGUUGCUGACGGUGGCGGUGGCCCCGGAGGAGGAAGAAAUGCGGGCAGUGGUAUUACUAGUGGUGGGCCCACGGCGGAGCUUUGUGCAAAAGCCCCCUGGCAAUUCGACAAUGCAAUGAACGGAGGUUACGCCUGGGUGCAUGGCGUGUAG